CAAGGAGAUAUGUGUGACUGGAAAUACGAAGACCUUGGAUAAUAGCUCUCAGUUUAUAGUUAUGAAUGCUAACUGGUUUUUUUGUUAUUCUUAUUCUCACUCUAGGUCGCUAAAUCAUCCAAAUUUACUAAGCCUACUGGGUACCCUGACAAGGCCACAUUCUACAAUGCUCAUUACUAAUUAUGUGCUGUGUGGACAGAACCUUUUGGCAUGAGGCCAGUAUGGCAGGAACAGCAUACCAGCCACACCAUCAUUUACAAAAGUUGCCACUUUAAAUCAGAUGCCUAAAUUUGAUCAUCUGUCUCAAAACAUACAGAAGGUUGUGGAAGUGUGCCUGUACCCUGUUGAAUGCAGAGCAAGCACAACCAC